AGAAGCCUGGGAGAGGCUAUAAAGGAUGGGUGGUGGUGGGGAAACCACCUCUGGAGCGCAGCCAGAGUGCCAGGGCAAGGAGGUUGGUUGCAAAGGGAGCCAGCUGCCUUCUUCUGCCGUGCGUGCUGUGCGUGCGUGCGUGGGAACCCUGGCCUCUGCCAUGGGCUUAGACACCCGCUCCCCCAAGGCCGCCUCGGGGUCCCUGGAUCGGGAGGGUGGGUUGCUGGGGGCUUCCCCCCUGCCACCCCCUCCCUACGCCGGGGAAGGGGCUCCGGAGCUCCGCGGAUCCUUGGACUGCUGGGCCUGCGCCGUCCUGGUUACAAUCCAGAACCUGCUGGUGGGCGCCCUCAACCUCCUCCUGGUGGGGCUCAUUUUUGGGCUGAUCCUGCUCCCCGCCGGGGUCCUGGUGGGCUUCGGGGUCGUGUGCCAUUCCAAGUUUUUGCACGCCCAGGCGCAUUACUGCACGGCCCACUUGCACGACGCGGCCUCGGUGGCCCUCCUCGUGGUGGGGUUCACCCUGGCAGUGCCCCUCCUGGUCCUGGCGCUGGCCGCCUACUGCCGCCUCGCCCGGCGCCUCCAACUGGGCUACUGCCUCGUCCCCUACAGCAAAGCCGUCUACAAGAACCUGCCCGUCACCCACUAUCAUAACUCUGGCUGCUGCUGCUGCACUCAGGAUCUGGACGUGGCGGAGAAAACGGGGAAGCAAGCCCUCAAGUUACAUGCAGAGAAGGAACAGGAGGUGAAGAGUGCUAUCCGAUACCUCGCUAACCCUGCGUAUAAUCUGUGGUUUUGCUUCCCUCUAGUCUGA